AGCUUUUUAGGUUCUUCUGAUCUGGUUUCGUUUCAAUACCUUUAUUCUUGAAUCUACUGUCUAGAAAGGCUUUGUUUUUGUGUUUUGAGUCUCUGCAUUUAAUUAGGCAUCUAUUCGUCGUCCCCAUCAAAAUUGUGGAACUGAAUCCGAAUUUCAGUGUGUAUAUAACGAAACAAUUUAUAUGUCAUAGCCUGAACAGUUAUAACUAUAUUGUCAAGUGUCAACAUUAAUAGAAUUCAAAUGCAUGGAUAUGCAGUUUUAACCUAACUCUUAAAAAACUAUAUUUUUCUACGAUAAUAAGUCAUCAUUUAAUAAACAUGCCAGAUAAACAAGUGUGUGAUGAGAAAUAUAGCGAAGUCAAGGAGACGUUUGAAACCAUGUCAGAAAUAUCAACACUACUUAAUACCGGACUAGAUCUCAAGACGUUGUCAUUUUGUGUGAGAUUAUGUGAAAACGGGGUGCACCCUGAAUCUUUGGCUAAGGUUAUCACAGAGAUCAGACAAGAAGUCAACAGGAUGAAUGGACAAGAAAAGAAGUGAGAUUAAUUAUUAACUUGGAUGGUAGAAGUGAUUUUGUUCGAGUAGGCUACAUAGGCCUACUUAAAAUAAAUAAAUAAUUUAAUAAUUGUGAUAUUUAAUUUGUUAACUAGAGAAUAAAAUAGGCAUACAAAUCA